CAGGUACGCACCCAUAAUUACUGCUUUCGCGUCCUCUUUGGGUCAAACGAUCGUGGAUGCCUUUGAAUCUACUCUACAUGCAGCCUCAAUCAUUCUCAAAACCCUAGGGUUACUCUUCCUCCUUCCUUCCUUUGUACCGCUGCAUUUGUGUGUCCGGUUCAAUUUGCGUCAUUAUCAGCCAAUUCCAGAUAGAAUUUGGUGUUACCAGCACCAGAUUGUCGGAUACCUAUUCGAGCAAAUACCUAGGAUAGUAUAUCUAUACAUAUAUGUUUAUAUGUAUGUGUAUUUAUGUAUGUAUAGAUGUACUCGAGCAAUCUUACAGGGUUCAUUCUGGCUGUGGUGUCGAGUGCCUUCAUUGGCUCCAGUUUCAUCAUCAAGAAGAAGGGUCUCAGGAAGGCCAGCGCCAGCGGCCCUCGUGCUAGUGUUGGUGGGUAUGGUUAUCUAUUGGAGCCGCUAUGGUGGGUAGGCAUGGUUACUAUGAUUGCUGGAGAGAUUGCCAAUUUUGUGGCCUACGUUUAUGCCCCUGCUGUUCUCGUGACACCCCUUGGUGCAUUGAGCAUUAUUGUCAGUGCUGUUUUGGCGCAUUUCUUGUUGAAGGAGAAACUGCAGAAAAUGGGGAUUUUGGGAUGUCUUUUAUGCAUAGUGGGUUCAACAGUGAUUGUGCUUCAUGCACCUGAAGAGCAGACUAUAGAUUCAGUUACAGAAAUUUGGGAAUUAGCUACCCAACCAGCAUUCCUUUUGUAUACCGCCUCGGUGGUGGCAGUGGCACUAGUACUCAUACUGUAUUGCGGUCCCCGCUAUGGCCAAACCAACAUAUUGGUCUACAUCGGAAUAUGCUCUAUGAUAGGAUCAUUGACAGUAUGUUGUCGGGGAACUGCGGUUAUGAGUGUAAAAGCCAUUGGUAUUGCAAUAAAGCUGACGUUAGAAGGCCAAAACCAAGCCAAAUACUUUCAAACAUGGAUUUUUGCAAUGGUCUCUAUUACAUGUAUCAUCACUCAAUUAAAUUAUCUAAACAUGGCUCUCGAUACUUUCAACGCGACGGUGGUUUCUCCUAUUUAUUAUGCCAUGUUUACAUCUUUUACGAUUUUGGCCAGUGCGAUAAUGUUCAAGGAUUAUUCUGGCCAAAGUGUCAGCAGUGUAGCUUCAGAGCUAUGCGGAUUUAUAACUGUGUUGUCUGGAACUGUGGUAUUGCACAGUACAAGAGAGCCAGAUACUCUUAUCACAGAUUUGUAUACACCUCUAUCUCCAAAAGUAUCUUGGUACAUUGAAGGAAAUGGGGAAGUUUGGAAGCAGAAGGAUGAAGAUGGGCCAAAUGCCGGUUUUAUCACAGUACUCAGACCAGAUUAUUUCAAGUGAUUGCCAUGUGCUUGCAGCCCCAAGUUCUGACUCCGUGGUUUGGUCUCAAUGAACACAAAUUUUGAAUCCAUCUACCCUCAUGCUGCAAUUUUUUCUUAAGGAAAUUUUUGUGUCCAUUUUCCCUCUAGUGUGUCUCAAUCAAAUUCUUUGAUGCCAUUUUGUGCAUUAGUCCUCUAGCCAUAGCUUUAGGAGGUGUGAUUGAUUCCGCAUGCAUUUUCACCUUUUUAUUUAACAUUUUUCAGCUUGUAUCUACAUUUCAUAUACAAGCAAAAUCCGGUCUGGUGUGCAGUCGGUAGAAGAAGCUAUAAGUUAAUCCCUGUUGUCUCUCCAUGUAUUUUGAGUUAUAUAUAUGUUUAUAUUAUGAAAUAUGGGCCUUAUUUUCUUGGCUUUGGCUAUGCAAAGGAAUAUGUGCUCU